AUGAACGAGGGUGAACCGGGUUCAGGAGUUCCAACACGUAAGCCUUCCGCCCCUGAGAAGCAGGAAGCUCAGGCCCUGCCCCGCGCCAAGGAGCCGGAGCCGGAUGCGCUCAGCACCGGGCCUGCGAGCCAAGUGGCUGCGCCCCCGAAGAACGACGGUGGCGACGACCGAAGUGGACACUCGGGGCGGGCGCCCACCGACGUCCAUGCGGGCUUGAGCGGCACAGCAGCGGGCCGGGCGACCAUGAGCACAGCCCCGCAUAGCGGCGGCGGCCCCGGGGCCGUCCCCACGUGCGAGAAAGGAGGCUUCUUUGAGAAUGGGGCAACUGGUGCCCGGGAGGCGGCCAGGCCUAGCGCGGCCAAGCUCCUUCGCCUGCUGUCCGGGAGCCGCCCCAGGCCGGCCGGCCCCGAGAGGCCCCGCUCGGUGGUCCUGGUGCGGAGCGCCUCCACCUGGACUGCGCUCGCCUCCCUCCGCAAGGCGGGAUCCUUCAAAAGGCUCAAGGCCUCGGUCCUGCAGGGCAUCCAGAGCCGAGAGGGAGCGCGUGAGGCCCGGGAGAGCGCCUCUGAGCCCGAGCCGCCAAAGCCGGUGCACAACGGUGCCCCCCGGACCACCCCGCAGGGUCGGGGUCCUUCCCCUGGGCGGGCGGGCGCCUCCGAUGGCUCGGACCCCGAGGAGGCAGCCGACGAUGCCUUCCAGCGCAGCACACAUCGCUCCCGCAGCCUGCGCCGCGCCUAUGGCCUGGGCCGGAUCCGCCUCCUGGACGCUGACACGCAGCAGCAGCAGCAGCAACAGCCCAGCAUCCAGGACCCCCCGCCUGGCCUGGGACUGGGCCGAGGCCCCACGAGCUGCAGAGGCGGCGAAGGCACCCUGAGGAGGAGCAGGAGCACCGACAACCCCCGCUCCCCCACGCAGAGUUCCUGCAAGCGCAAAUUCGCCUCCAGCCUGGCUGAACUCAAGGUGCUGCGGGACCAGCCUCUCUCUGCCAGGACGCUGAGCAGCUCCUCGGCGGAUUCCGAGCGCUCUGGGGGCUCCGAGAGAAGCACCAAGCGUUGGAAGAGCCCCAUUAGGGCUCGAGAUUUCGACCGGGUGCUGAAGCUCGUGAGCGGCGCGGCUGAUGCGGCCUGGCGAAGGGAGGUGUCCGGGGAGCCCGAGCCGAAGACCCGACCCCGCAGCGCGCUGCACGAUGACUACUCGCGCCGGGUGUCUGCGUGCAGCGAGAAGCCUUUGCGCAGGGGACGCUCAGUGUCCAUGCACAGCAUGCAUGCAACCGAGGAAUUCGAAGCUGCACCCAAGGUGGAUGCAGACACGGCGGUGUUUCCCCUUGAACCCACAAACCCCGUGGUGGAUCCAAGCGCUGAUAGUACUGUCUCCAGUCCAGCUGUAGAAGAAGGACACAGUGAACCCUUGGAUACCCGGAAUCCAGGAGUCCUCUCUCCAGUCGACUCUGAACAGCUGCUCAUGCCUCCCAGGCCCGCUACACCCAAGCCCCUAAGUCCUCAGAGCCCAGGUGCAGGCGGUGCUGGGAUUUUCCGCAAUCUCAGCACAAGGUCCCUGAACUUGGUUGACAGGGACGCUAGAACACAGGGGCCUGCCCAGCGGGACCACAGACCUGCGUCUGUCCAGUGUCUAGAGCCCAGCAAUAGUGACGACUGCAACCUAGAUGGUAUCGCCAACAGCCACAUCCUUCUAAGUGCCAAAGAGGAAAAGAAAGAAGUGGUUGUAGCUGAGGAACACUGCAGGCAGAGCCCAUCACAAGAGGAGGACACCACAGAGACUCUGAGGACCAGCCAGCGGAGAUGGGGUUCUGGGAGAAGAACCAGGCCUCGGCCACUCUCUGACUAUGGCCACUUGACCAGCCGAAGUUUGUCUAUUCCUGAAGACUCCAUUGUUGGAGACCCACAACAAAAGACCACUGUGAAUAGCGUCCCACAGCCCAGUAUGGCUUCCUUGGACCCUGCAGAGCAGAGUGCUGUUGUGGGCUGCCCCAGAGGAGGCCGGAGAAGACGCCCGAUCUCUGUGAUAGGUGGGGUCAGUUUCUAUGGCCACAGGCGGACUGAAGAAGUAGAGAAUCUUCUAACUCAACCAGCAGCCAGGCCGCCGGUGCCCGCUCACCAGGUGCCCCCCUACAAAGCGGUCUCAGCCCGCUUCCGGCCAUUCAGCUUCUCCCAGAGCACCCCGAUUGGGCUGGACCGAGUGGGACGGCGGCGGCAGAUGCGUGCAUCCAACAUUUCUUCAGAAGGAGGCACUGAGUCCUCUGCCCUAGUGGAUGACAAUGGCAGUGAGGAGGAUGACAGCUAUGAAGACCUUCGACAGGGCAAUCACCGAUUCUUGCCACCAGGCGGGGAACAGCUGGCAGUCAAUGAGCUGAUCAGUGAUGGCAGCGUGGUCUUCGCAGAAGCCCUCUGGGACCAUGUAACCAUGGAGGACCAGGAACUGGGCUUCAAGGCAGGAGAUGUCAUCCAGGUUCUGGAAGCUUCUAACAAGGACUGGUGGUGGGGCCGGAAUGAGGACAAGGAGGCCUGGUUUCCUGCCAGCUUCGUCAGAUUGCGUGUCAACCAGGAGGAGCUGUCAGAGAACUCAGUCAGUUCCCAGGGUGAAGAGCAGGAGGCUGGUGGCAAGUCCCACCAUGUGCAUCCCGAGAGCAAGCGGCAGAUGCGGGCCAAUGUGGUGCAGGAGAUCAUGAAUACUGAGCGUGUAUACAUCAAGCACCUCAGGGACAUCUGCGAGGGUUAUAUUCGACAGUGUCGCAAGCACACGGGAAUGUUCACUGUGGCACAGUUAGCCAUCAUUUUUGGAAACAUCGAAGAUAUUUACAAGUUCCAGAGAAAGUUUCUGAAAGACCUUGAGAAACAGUACAAUAAAGAGGAGCCUCAUUUGAGUGAAAUAGGAUCCUGCUUCCUGCAGCAUCAAGAGGGCUUCGCCGUCUACUCUGAAUACUGCAACAACCACCCCCGAGCCUGCUCCGAACUGGCUGGACUCAUGAAACAGGGCCGCUACCGACACUUUUUUGAGGCCUGCCGCCUGCUCCAGCAAAUGAUUGACAUCGCUAUCGAUGGCUUCCUGCUCACGCCUGUGCAGAAGAUAUGCAAGUACCCACUACAGCUAGCUGAGCUGCUCAAAUACACACCACAGGAACACAGUGAUUACAGCAAUAUAAAGGCAGCAUACGAGGCCAUGAAGAAAGUAGCCUGUCUGAUCAAUGAGCGCAAACGCAAGCUGGAAAGUAUAGACAAGAUUGCACGAUGGCAGGUGUCCAUUGUGGGCUGGGAGGGGCUGGAUAUCCUAGACCGAAGCUCAGAAUUGAUCCACUCAGGGGAGUUAACCAGAAUCACCAAGCAAGGCAAGAACCAGCAGCGGACUUUUUUUCUGUUUGACCACCAGCUGGUGUCAUGCAAGAAGGAUGUGCUGCGCAGAGACAUGCUUUAUUACCGAGGCCGCACUGACAUGGACCAGAUGCAGCUGGUGAACCUGGAGGAUGGGCGUGACAAGGACUGGAACCUCAGUGUGAAAAAUGCAUUCAAGCUUGUCAGCAAAACCACCGAGGAGGCACAUCUAUUCUGUGCCAGGAAGCCAGAAGACAAGGCCCGGUGGCUGCAGGCCUGUGAGGAUGAGCGGAGGAGGGUGCAGGAGGACCAGGAGAUGGGAAUGGAAAUUUCGGAAAACCAAAAGAAACUGGCAAUGUUGAAUGCUCAGAAGGCAGGACAUGGCAAGUCUAAAGGUUAUGGGAGAUGCCCGGCAGCCCCUCCACACCAGAACCUGCACCCGCUGCAGCAGCGCCACUUCACGGUGCCACCCAGUGUACCCCAGCAGCAGGUCUUUGCCUUGGCUGAACCCCGAAGGAAACCAUCAUUGCUCUGGCUCAGUUUAAGCAAACUCACGCCCUUCCGGAAGUGAACUGGGCCCAAACAGAAGUAAGCUGGACAUCUGGAGCCACUUCUCAGGAUCCAGGAGACCAGAGGUUUUAGGUACACACUCCAGGAUGCAGAGGCCCAUUUUCCUACUGAUACGGUCAGAGCAGGCCAUACGCUCAUCUGGGACCUUCCAGGAAGCCUCCAUGGGCUGUACUGAGGUGCUGAGCUAGGAACUAAUUCUGGAUGUGCGCACAGUUGACUGCCACUCUGGCCCCAGCUGACUAUUAUACCAGGCUCAGGUGUCCCCCUGCAAAAUUCUGAAGGGGUGGCACUCCCAAGGCACAUUGGUGUCAGAGCUUGAAGUGAAGGGGCAUGUUUUGCUGACAGACUGCUCUAACUCUGGCCUUGGAGAUAGUAGUGGUGCCCCAAACCACAGGUUCCUGUGUGUGGCACAGGUUUCAUCUGAAGACGCCGGGAUUGAGCCCUAGUUCCCGAGGUGAGGUGAGAGCAGGAAGAACUUGCUCUGUGGCAUACAGGUCUGCCAAGUAUGGUACACAAACAUUCGGGUGUAUGGGAGUGUCUGGCUGAGCUCCCUUUGCUCUUCUUAGGCCAUUGCCCACCCAUGGCUUCUGGCUGUUUGCAAUGAACAGAUCCCUAUCUCUGUCCUGUGAUAGUGUCUUGCACAUGC